CCGUCCCGGUGAUACCGAUCAGUGAGUCCGCGGUCGGGUUCACGCGAGGAGCAUCCAGCAGCUCAGCCGCGCGCGCACGCACGCACGCACGCACGCACGCAGCGGAGGCUCGAGGAGCGGGUGUGAGCGCGCGGACGCCGCAGUCCGGAGGUCCCGGAGCUCAGGCCGGAGCGGGCGCGCUCUCUCCGCGUGCCCGCCGCACCGAGCAGCCUCAGCGCCGCACGCCGGCCACAGCGCACCGCAGGGCGGACGGACAUGCUGCCGGGGGCCGCCUCGCGCCGCGGCCGCGCGGAGCUGUGAGCGCGCUCUCGGCGCCGUUACCGGGGAUGGUGUCGGGCUGCGGAGCGGAGACGGCGGGGUCAAAGUUCGGCGGCUGCUCCUCGCGCACGCACGCACGCACACACGCGGGGCCGGAGUUCCAGUAAGAGCCCCGCGCACGCGCAGCCGCUCUCAUAAACGCAGCGCAGCUCGCGGGCGGCGGACGGAGGACGGACAUGUACUCUCCGCUGUGCCUCACGCAGGAUGAAUUCCAUCCUUUUAUUGAAGCCCUGCUGCCCCACGUCCGGGCCUUCGCAUACACAUGGUUCAACCUUCAGGCCCGUAAGAGGAAGUACUUCAAGAAGCACGAGAAGCGCAUGUCCAAGGAGGAGGAGCGUGCCGUGAAGGACGAGCUGCUCAGUGAGAAGCCCGAAGUCAAACAGAAGUGGGCGUCUCGCCUCCUGGCCAAGUUGCGCAAGGACAUCCGGCCCGAGUUCAGGGAGGACUUUGUGCUGACGGUGACAGGGAAGAAGGCGCCGUGCUGCGUGCUGUCCAACCCCGACCAGAAGGGCAAGAUGAGGAGGAUCGACUGCCUGCGCCAGGCGGACAAAGUGUGGCGGCUGGACCUGGUCAUGGUGAUUUUAUUCAAAGGGAUUCCCCUCGAAAGUACUGACGGGGAGAGGCUGGUAAAGUCUCCUCAGUGUUCGAACCCCAGCCUGUGCGUGCAGCCGCAUCACAUUGGAGUUUCAGUCAAGGAGCUGGAUCUCUACCUGGCCUACUUCGUGCAUGCAGAAUCUGGCCAAUCAGAAAGCCCGAAUCAGGCCAGCGAAUCAGACAUCAAGGAGCAGCCGGAGAACGGUCACCUGGGCUUCCAGGACAGCUUCGUGACACCUGGAGUUUUCACGGUGGCCGAGCUCGUCCGAGUGUCUCAGACGCCCAUCGCAGCCGGCACCGGGCCAAACUUCUCGCUGGCCGACCUCGACAGCUCCUCCUACUACAGCAUGAGCCCAGGAGCCAUGAGGAGACCACUGCCCAGCACCUCCUCCUCCAGCUCUGCCAAGAGGAUAAAGUGCAUGGAGGAGGACGUGGACAGCCCGGGGGAGGAGUCCUACUACCCGAGCCAGGGUCGGUCUCCAGGCAGCGGCAGCCAGGCCAGCAGCUGGCACGACGUGGAGCCAGCUGGAUAUAAGCUGCGUGGCUCUCUAGCUAGCUCGUUCAUCUCCCGACAAGUUUCUCCCCCACGCUCCCCCUCCAGCCUCCACUUCUCCUCCUCCCCCAUCCUGCAGCAGCCUGGCUCCUACUUCUCCCACCCGGCCAUCAGGUAUCACCCGCAGGAGACGCUCAAGGAGUUCGUCCAGCUGGUCUGUCCUGACUCCGCCCAGCAGGCCGGACAGGUGGGCUUCCUCAACCCUAAUGGUAGCUCCCAGGGAAAGGUCCACAACCCUUUCCUGCCGACGCCCAUGCUGCCUCCCCCACCGCCUCCUCCGAUGGCCCGUCCCGUCCCACUGCCUGUUGACGCCAAGCCGCCCUCCACCUCCUCCACUGAGGGGGGAGGAAACUCACCCACCUCACCCACCUACUCCACCCCCACCACGUCUCCAGCUCAGCGGUUUGUCAGCGUCGGACCUCGAGACCCCGGCUUUAACAUCCCUCAGCAACCACAGUGGUACCUGGGAUAAGGACUCCAGAGGCCCCUCCGCCCACCUGUACGACAAAUCGCUGCAGUCUCUUCUCCGACCUUUCACCUUUGAUGCCAGCUGUGACAGAAAGCCCAGUCUAACCUAUCCCUACUCCUUUCCUGUUCAUGGCUGACUCCGCCCC